CACAAGCAGAACGAUACAGACAUAGUACGUACUAGCACUCGAGACUCAGGCUGAUCACGCUAUUGUCUCUGUCCGACUCCGUUGAGCUUGACUCCGAUAUGUUCGUGUACAAGUUCCUUCGGGCUUCCGGAUAUCCGAAAACACAUCAAUCGUUCUGCCAAUGCGCGUGACCUACCAGUGUGUGCCAUCUCACUUACGUCUCGAUUUUCAUUCGUCGUCAAUCUUAGCCCCGAACAUGUAAUUUCAGCAAGGGUCGAGGGGUAUUUUAGUACCCAUGUUAUUUUCUUGCCUCACACUCUCCUCGACCUAGUAUGCCUUCGUUAACGGUCGCUACACCCAACAUCGUCGAACCUGUUGUACCCGACGUUCAUCGCAAUGAUGACGCCCUUCCCGAUCCUUCGACCAUGGUAAACGAGAGCCACGACCUUGACGAAUCAGCAGUCGAUGAUGAUCACGUAGAGAUGCCUGUUCACCCACCAAGGGCAAAAAACCGCUCGGUCUUCGGAGGUUCUUUAGUUGAGCGAAAAGGUUCUGAAGCCGCCUACGAGCUUCAACCAUUCCCGACGUACUUUUCAGAACGUACUAGAAGGCCAUCAGCGAUACGAAAAGAGUCAACCCCAGAAACUCUUGUCGAAGCGAGGGGCACUCUCGGCAAGGACGGACGAACGGAGCCAGCAGAAGAAGGAGUGACAGAUUUGCCUUUGCUCGAUUUAAGUGAAGCUGCACAAGAGUACAAUGUUCGGAGGGGUAAAAGGCAAAAGAGAGGAGCAAUCUCACAUCUGGCAGCUUUGUAUUACGCUUUCUUCUUGGAGGGCUGGAACGACGGCACCAUUGGACCAUUGCUACCGGUAAUGCAAAGGGAAUAUCGGGUUGGAUUCGCGGUUGUAUCUUUAUUGUUCGUAACGAACUGUGUUGGCUUUGUGGCCGGUGCAUUUAUCAAUGUCUACGUAAACGACCGUAUGGGAUUCGGAAAAGUCAUGGUGUUAGGCUCUCUGUUCCAACUAAUCGCAUACAUUAUUCAAAGCCCUGCACCUCCCUUCCCAGUCAUGGUUAUGUCAUACUUCUUCGCCGGUCUUGGUUUGUCUUUCCAGAACGCUCAGGGCAACGGUUUCGUCGGCUCGCUCCCUUCUCCUUCCCUCAAAUUGAUGAUGCUUCACGCUUCAUAUGGUCUCGGAGCCUUUGCCUCUCCACUCUUGUCCACCUACUUCAGUGGUAAGCAACACUGGAGUAGACAUUUCGUUGUCAGUGCGUGUAUUGCAGUAACCAAUACUGCCGUUCUCAUCGCCGUCUUCAGGGGGAAAACACAGAAUGAGUUGAUGCGGGAAUCAGGAAUCCAGGUCGAAGAUCACGCUGCCGCUCGUUGUGCUAGCGCUGCUGGCCCAAAUAUUUACCGACAGAUUUUCAACCUUCGAGCAAUAUACUUCAUGGCUACUUUUGCCUUGAUAUAUAUUGGGGUUGAGGUCACCGUGGGAGGCUGGAUCGUUACCUUCAUUAUUGAGAAGCGAGAUGGGGGACAUAGUGCUGGCUACAUCUCAUCUGGUUUCUUUGGCGGACUGACAAUUGGAAGGCUGGGGUUGAUGUGGAUGAACAAGCGGGUAGGUGAAUAUAGCGUUAUAUUUGUCUACACAUUGCUUGCCAUUGCACUCGAGAUUACUGUUUGGCUUGUACCCUCCAUUAUUCAAAACGCCAUAGCCGUCUCAUUCAUAGGCCUUCUUCUCGGGCCCAUGUUUCCCCUCAUGGUCUCACACGGAGCGCGCGUUAUUCCCGCUUCGCUUUUCACGGGAAGCAUGGGGUGGAUUACAGGUAUCGGGAUGGCUGGUUCUGCGGCGUUGCCGUUCAUCACCGGGAUUCUGGCUGCUAAGUAUGGGAUCGGGACUUUACAACCUUUUUUGAUUGCAAUGAUGAGCAUGAUGGUCGGAAUGUGGGCGAUGGUUCCGAGGACAAGGAGGGUCGAUUAAAAGAUGGUGAUGUGAUGUCGCCUAUUCGACUCUUGAUCAUAUCCAUACUGUCUUUAAUCACUUUUCUGGGCUGAGUCUUCGAUUGGUCGUAUUUGUAGCAUGUGUUUUGGAUUCGUUUGUGGGCAGUUACGUUAACGUUACAACUUUAUAAAACUUGUCCGGGUCUGACACUCACUCUUGUCAAGCGUACGUGCAUUCUGGGAGCUGGUUGAGUUGUCAACGCUCCGGGACCUACAACUUGCCUCCUAGUCAAACCUUUGCAAGACACCGUUAUGUGGAAAUCACCCUGUGUUCUCAAUAGUGCACCCGCGAUUAGGUCCCACGAGUUUUUAGCAAAGCAUAUUGGCAUGAGAUGUGUCGAACCUUUUUAGCG